CUCUCUCUCUCUCACUCUUCACUCUUCCCUACGCCUCCUGCCUGCUAUUACAUUUUAUUUCCAGUUUUAUACAGAUGCCCCCACAUCCACAGUCCCAAACCUAAUCCACACAUAAUAAUUUUCGUUUUUUGUGGGUGAUUUCUAUAUCUGGCUUCAAUUUGAUUUUUUCCUUCUCUCUCUUGAUCUCUCUCUCUCUGUGUUUUCCUUUUUCUGAUUUUCUCUCACUAGGGACUUGGGAGUUGGGAGUAGUUGCAGAAGCAGGGAGGUAGUUUAAUUUUGGUUUUCUUUCUGGAGAAGAUGAAGAUUUGUGAGCUGUGUAAAGGUGUGGCCAGAAUGUAUUGCGAGUCGGACCAAGCGAAUCUGUGUUGGAGCUGCGAUUCCAAGGUACACUCCGCUAACUUCCUGGUCGAGCGGCACUCCCGCCGUCUGCUCUGCCACGUGUGCCAGUCGCCGACGGCGUGGUCGGCUUCCGGCUCCAGGCUAGGAUCUAUGGUUUCCACCUGUGAGAGAUGCUUUGAAAGUGGUGCGAGGAGCGGACCUGAGGCAGAGGUCAGCCGUGAAGAGAAUGAGUUCGAGGAUGAGGAUGAGGAUGACGAUGAGGUGGAGGAAGAGGAUGACGAUGAUGAGAUAGAUUCAGAGGAUAUUCAGGUGGUUCCGUGGUCAUCUACGCCGCCGCCGCCCGCAGCUUCGUCGAGCAGCGAUGAUUCGUUACUCACGGAGAGAGAAGUUUCUGGUAAACAAUUGCGUGAAAAUGACACAGAUCUCCAAUAUGAGGACAAUCGCCGCAAUUUAUCGUCCCAGCUCCGCCUCUGCACGCCGUCAGAGUCGUCGGCGGAUUUCAGAGGCUUACAUGUUCUGAACGACGAGACUUCUAUGCUUGACAGUGGAAGGCCGGCGAAGCUCAGAAGAACAGACCCUAUCGGAAUGGGUCGGUUGAAAGAUCCGAAUCGAGAUCCUCGUUAAUCGUUGACGCAAAAGGGCGAUAUCAUCGGGAGGACUGAAGAGUGCAGUCAAGUCGAGAUCUCGCCGAGUUUUGUCGACUCAGCGACGACCCUACCGCCGUAGAUCUCGACUGCUCUGAAACUUCGUAGCCACGGGAUAGGAUUAUUAUUUUCGAUAUUAACCAGCGCGUCAUCAUUAUAUUUUAUCGGAUAAGAGUUAGAAUUAUUAUUAAUUUUUUUUUUUUUAAUUUCCAAUUCCUAAUUGUGAUAGAUAUUUUAGCAUGAUGUUAACCUUACAGGCCUACAACCCUAUCUUCAAAAUUCUCGCUGGUUUGUUCAUAUGGCAUAAUUUGAUUUCGCUAUUCCGUACGAGGUAAUUGUUUGGAAGCAAAUAUCUUACUUAUGUUGAGUCGUUUUCUAUGCUAGGAAUUUAUUAUGGGCCAGUGGUUUGAAAUGAAAAAUUCUUGUGGACGAAA